UGGAUUUUACUACUGCCUUCGUCUUCUUCCUGGGAAUGCGGUCAAUUGUAGCUGUUAUCGUUGUGGUUGGGCCGUUGGUGGAUUGCGAAGAGACAAGGGGAGGAGAGGACAGGAGAAUAUGGAUCACUCGCUGCUGAACUCGUUGCUGAGGGGCCGCCAGCUGGAGAGCUGCCUCGAGGCGGGGUUCCCGUCGCCGGAAACCGAGGAGCCGGAGGAGGACGGUCGCGGGUUCGUGGACGAGGACGGGUGGGCCACGGUGGUCGUCUCGGCCCUCCGGAUCGUCGCCUGCUUCCUCACCAUGACGGUCACCACCUUCGUGUGGGCGGUGGCCAUGAUCCCGAUGCUGCCGUGGCCCUACGAGCGGAUCCGGCAGGGCAACCUCUACGGGCACGUCACCGGGCGAUUGAUGAUGUGGAUUCUAGGAAACCCCAUAAAGAUUGAAGGUUCUGAGUUUUCUGACACAAGGGCUAUAUUUAUCUGUAAUCACACGUCGCCCAUAGACAUUUUUCUUGUUAUGUGGCUGACCCCAACAGGCACUGUUGGCAUAGCCAAAAAAGAGAUCAUUUGGUAUCCUCUGUUUGGGCAGCUUUACGUGUUGGCAAACCAUCUCCGUAUAGACCGCUCCAACCCUUCUGCUGCCAUCGAAUCCCUGAAAGAGGCAGCUCAUGCAAUUGUGAACCAUAACCUGUCACUUAUCAUUUUUCCAGAGGGUACUCGAUCCAGAUCAGGGAGGCUUCUUCCGUUUAAGAAGGGUUUCAUGCAUAUUGCACUGCAAACACAGUUGCCAAUUGUUCCGAUGAUAUUCACUGGCACACAUCUAGCUUGGAGGAAGAAUAGUUUGAGAGUCAGACCAGCCCCAAUCACAGUAAAGUACCUUCCACCAAUAGAAACAGAUGGGUGGAAAGCCGAAAACAUGAACGAAUACGUAGAAAUGAUACAUUCAUUAUAUGUUGAGCACUUGCCCGAGUCACAGAAGCCACUGAUAUCAGGCGGCGCUGAUUUCUGUUAAGAACUGAAAGACAUAGUAGGUUUUGCUGUGUUGUUUUGUAUGGCAUUUGUUACACUUGAGAUGUAGUAGAAGAUGAUUGUAAAGUUGUCUUGUAAAUUGAACUGCAGAUUUAGCUUUCCUGUUACAUUUUUGAGUGCUGUUGUUUAGAAGAUAUAGGUAGUAAAUGUAUUUUAGUUGGAACCAUUGAUCCUCAAGGCAAACAAUGUAUUGUGUUUUCUGGUAUGGAUGAUGUAAAUGGAUCAUA